AUGAAGCUGUUUCUAAUCGCAUCGCUGCUGUCGUGCGCGAAUGCGGCUACUCGUACUUUUAAUUGGACCACCGGCUGGGGUUUACAGGAUGUCGAUGGGAUGGGUGAAAGACCCGUGAUCACCUGUAAUGGAGAGUGGCCAUGGCCUGAUGUGCGAGUCAACAAGGGCGACCAGGUGGAAAUCUACUUGACCAACGGGUUUAACGGUACGACUAAUACGUCUUUGCAUGUUCAUGGGUUGUUCCAACGUGGCUCUACUCAGAUGGAUGGACCUCCUGGUGUCACUCAAUGUCCUAUAACGCCUGGAAAUACUUUCUUGUACAACUUUACCGUGGAUGAAAACGCUGGUGCGUACUGGUACCACUCGCAUAGUGAUGGGCAGUACGAGGAUGGGUUCAGAGGUGCUUUUAUUAUCGAUGAUGGGGAAAAUAAUGAAAAUUAUCCUUAUGAAUACGAUGAGGAAGUGGUUUUGACUAUUGGUGAAUGGUACGACAGAACUAUCGAUGAUCUAAUACCGGACUUUAUGAGUUUGUUUAAUCCAACAGGUGCUGAACCUAUCCCACAGAACUUGAUUCUCAAUAAUACUAUGAAUUUGACUUGGGAGGUUAAACCAGAUACCACAUAUCUGCUGAGAUUGAUCAAUAUCGGUGGGUUUGUCUCGCAAUACUUCUGGAUCGAGGACCAUGAGAUGACAGUCGUGGAAAUUGAUGGUAUCACAACAGAGAAGAACACGACUGAUAUGUUGUACAUCACUGUUGCUCAACGUUACACUGUGCUGGUACAUACAAAGAAUGAUACUUCCAGAAACUACGCUAUCAUGCAGAAAUUCGACGACACCAUGUUGGAUGUUAUUCCAAGUGAACUAGAGUUGAACGCUACAUCUACUUUGGCUUAUGACACGAGUCUUGGUGCAGCUAAUGAGAGCUUUGUCGACUCGCUAGAUGAUUUCUUGGAUGAUUUCUACUUGGUGCCUUACGAAAAGCAGGAGUUACUUGGUGACCCAGACUAUGUGAUCACUGUUGAUGUCGCUAUGGAUAACUUGCUCAGUGGUAUCAAUUACGCUUUUUUCAACAAUAUCACUUACACCGCUCCAAAGGUUCCAACCUUGAUGACUGUGCUUUCUGGUGGGGACGACGUCACUAAUGCUCAAAUCUACGGUUCAAACACGAACACGUUUGUCUUAGAGAAGGAUGAAAUUGUUGAUAUUGUGCUUAACAACUUGGAUACCGGUUCACAUCCUUUCCAUUUGCAUGGUCAUGUCUUCCAAACUAUUAUCAGAGAUCGUGCUUAUGACGAUGCUAUCGGUGAAGUUCCACAUCCCUAUGAUGAUAGUGACCACGCUGCGUUCCCAGAGUACCCAAUGGUCAGAGACACACUUUACGUGCACCCUCAAUCAAACUUUGUUAUUAGAUUCAAGGCUGAUAACCCAGGUGUUUGGUUCUUCCACUGUCACAUCGAAUGGCAUUUGUUGCAAGGUCUGGCCAUCACUUUGAUUGAAGACCCAGUUGCUAUUCAAUCCAAUCCUACCCAACAACUAACUGACAGCUCCAAACAAGUUUGUGAGGCCGCUGGUAUGUCUUACCAAGGUAACGCUGCUGGUAACACUACUGAUUUCCUCAAUUUGAUGGGUGAAAACAUUCAAGAAAAGACAAUCCCACCUGGAUUCACUAAAAAGGGUAUCAUCGCCAUGACAUUUUCGUGUCUAGCUGGUGUGCUAGGUUUGAUCACUCUAUCUGUUUAUGGUCUGAUGGAAGAACCCCACGUUGAGGAGAAGGUCAUUGAAGACUUCCGCCUAGAUCCUCGUGAGAUUAUUGAAGACGAGUCUAGUGAAACAAACACUGCCGAAAACACUGCUGAAAAAAUUGGUGCGUAA